AUGAAACAUCGGUGUACAGAAGACGAAGAAGAGUUGCAGACGAAGGGCGGAAGGACACGAGACAACUCAACGUUUUCCACGUCAGGCUUGCUGUUGUCUCUUGCGUUUUGCAUUGCUUUAAUUCAUGUAGAACUGAGAAUACAAGAACACCAUCGACUUAUAACAAAUUCCGUAGCGUUCUGUGGGCAAAUGGAGACACAGAUCCUUCUAAAAGUUAAACAGAGUUACGCGGGAUGGCAAGUCAGCACUAAAGGAAGCUAUUCGGAAGGUCAACAACAGAAGACAAGAGGUGAGUUCAGUUUUUAUUCUCGAGAUGCAAAUUGGCAAUUGAGUUACAAUUUGACUCAAUUCUUUAAAACAUUCAUACUGUAUGUCUGUUUAAUCAAUUGAAAAAAAUGAACAAGUAAUAGUGAACGCUGUACAGUCUGACUCAGUAUACCUAAGCUGGGCUUUGCCAGUUGUUUCUUUCUUUGUUUGUUUUGCCGCUUUGCUUUGUUUUUAAUUUGCUGUUGUUUUUCAUGCGGCUGUGACUGUUGUUUUUACUGUUUUCUUUUACUUUAGUAAAAAACUUUUUCUGUUUACUUUUAUAAACGAACACCGUUCAUCAGUUGAGGGCCAGAGGGAUGCAGUCCUCUCAAGACAGAAGCGGGCACUGGUAAACAACUCGCAAAAUAAUUCGGCUAAAACAACGGCUCAAUUAAAACUGCUGAUCAAAGAAGAGCUUCGGCUGCUGCAAAAUCAAAUCUGUGCUAAAGAUGGAACUCUCUGCCGCCCUGGACCAAGGGGUAACACGGGGAGACGGGGAAGACCCGGAAGUCGAGGGAAACCAGGUCUCCCAGGGAGAUCGGGUCCCACAGGAAGACCAGGGCCAGAGGGACCUCCUGGUAAGCACGGACCAAUAGGACUUCAAGGACCGAUGGGUGUUAAAGGGGAUCUGGGGAUACCUGGUAACCCAGGUCCCGCGGGACCUGCAGGCCCGCCGGGUGAGAAAGGCGCUAAAGGUGAAGCAGGCAAGUCCAUCUCAGCUCCAUCUCUGCUGCAGCGUCCUGCUAAAAAGACAGCUAAUGAAAGUCAGACAGCCAUCUUCAAAUGCACAGUGGACGGUAACCCAGUUCCUCAGGUCACGUGGUCUAAGCUGAAUUCAUCGCUUCCUGUAGGGCGUCACGUGGUACAAUCCAGUGGUGCGCUGAUUCUAAAAGACGUUAGACCUGGUGACGAGGGUGUUUACACUUGCACAGCUGAAAAUCUUCUCGGAAGUGUCAAUGCCUCAGCAAAGCUCGUUGUUCAGUGUAAGUUGUUUUCCUUUCAGUUUCUGCGCAGCUCUUUUAUGCCCGUCUUACCCCGAAGCCACAUCUUGCCUAUGGACUCAGGAAAAUUGCGCGUUGUUUUCGUCUUUUUUUAGCUUAACCUAAUAAGCGACAAUCACUUUGCUAUAUAUCCGACAGCUUAAGAGAAAAGAAGACAAACGGAUGUCAGUCUCUAAGGCUCAUGAGCAUAAGGAAGGCUCCCUAAUACCAGUGCUGAAAAAGUUAAAGUGCCCUUGUUUUUUCGCCAAUAAGAUAAUAUAUGUUAACCCAGACGCUUAUCAGUGUAAUUGAACCGUCUAAUGACGCUUUUCAUUUCGUCCGUUCUGUUGAUAGUUUCUCCGAAGGCAAUACUGGCAUCCAAUACACUGAUGGUUGAAGAGAAUCAAAACGUCACUAUCGCCUGCAAUGCCACUGGUCAGCCACAGCCCAGUGUCACGUGGUUUAAAGCAUUAAGUAGUUUACCAAAGGGUAGAAGUAGGUUGACAAACAAGAGGCUGAUAAUCUUCAAUGUGAAAAAGAAAGACCGAGGAACAUACAUUUGCAAGGCAGAUAAUAUUUUGGGAUCUGCAACAGACAUGAUUCAACUCAUGAUUUUCUCUCCUCUGCGGUUCAAAAUCCGUCCUCCUCAAGAAUUGACUGCUGUUAUUGGCUCUACCAUCCGCCUGCCUUGCGUGGCCGAAAGUGACCUGAGACCUUCCAUCACCUGGACAAGAGACGGCAAGACAUCACUUCCCGCAAACUCCAAAGUUCUUCAAAAUAAUACAUUGGUUUUACACAACAUCAAGAAAGCGCACCAUGGAUCUUACACCUGCAGAGCCACUAAUGCUCUGACGUCAAUUGAAGGUUAUGUCAAGGUUAACAUUCCUUUUGCACUUUCCUGUUCUGUUUUGAGAAAAUACCUUACAGGUGUAAGCGGAAAUUACGUUAUUGAUCCAGACGGCCAAGGAGGCCUGGCGCCAUUCACAGUAUACUGUGACAUGACUGCAAAGAAUGGAGUUGGUGUGACAGUCAUCAGUCACGACAGUGAAAGCAGGACAAAGAUGCGCGAUGGUCUCGGCUGGGGAGGUGCAGGUAGCUACUCACGUGACAUCCAUUACACAGGAGCGAGUCUCUUUCAACUUGCUAGUCUCACCAGAGUCUCCUUAAACUGUGAACAGUUUAUCAAGUAUGAAUGUCACGGUUCAAGGUUACUCAGAAAUGGAAUGGGUUGGUGGGUAUCACGUGAUUCUUCUAAGAUGACGUACUGGGGAGGAGCAUCUCCUGGAAGUGGUAAGUGCGCAUGUGGGAUGACCAGCUCAUGCGCACGCAGCAGCUAUGGUUGUAACUGUGAUAAGAAUGACUAUGUUUGGCGCGAAGACAGCGGUCUCCUGACUGACAAGACAAAACUUCCUGUGAAACAGCUCUGGUUUGGAGAUGCAGGGGACAGGUUUCAACAAGGCUUCCAUACGUUAGGAAAACUCAAGUGCUAUGGCACAUCAUAA